CGGAGACGUCUCAGGAAACGAGCGACUUCAUCCCACCCCCUCUGGGUGGUGGAAAUCCGCAAGCCUGCGGGGCACCCCUGAGGAAGCUGGAGGUGGAGGGGCUGGGGGGAGACGGCCCCCAAACCCACCCUGCAUCCGGGGCCACCGCUGUGGCCACAGAUUUUGCAUAAGAAACAUUUCCGAUCCCCACCCGGCUGUGUCCACAGCGCUUGCACUCCCCUCCCCACGCCCAUCUCUGGGCAAAUUUAAAUCCGGAUUGGAAUUGGGGCGUGGGCGGGGCAUGUGCGCCGGGCCUCUUAAAGUGUGCGGGCGCAGCCUGUCGCGGGUGCGAUGGGCUCGGUGGGCGCGCGGAGGGCCCUGUGCGGGGUGGCGCUGCUCUGCGCACUGGGCCUGGGCCAGGUCCCCACCGGGGGCCCGAGCUGCGGCCCCGGCCGCCUCCUUCUCGGGACGGGGAUCAACAAGCGCUGCUGCCAGGCACAGGCCGCCUGGCUGCUGAGGGGCUGGCCUGUCCCCUGCCUAGAACAGGAGGGCUGCUCUGAGAGGGACUGCACGUGUGUCCAGCCCGAAUUCCACUGUGGAGACCCUCAGUGUGAGAGCUGCAAGCACCACCCCUGCCCGCCCGGCCAGAGGGCGAAGCCUCACGGGGAAUUCAUUUUUGGCUUCGAGUGUGUUGACUGUGACGCAGGGACCUUCUCCAGGGGCCGAGAGGGCCACUGCAGACCUUGGGCAGACUGCUCCCAGUUUGGGUUUCUCACCACGUUCCCCGGCAACAAGACCCACAACGCCGUGUGCACCCCGGAGCCGCUGCCCACAGAGCCGCAGGGCCCGCUGGCCAUCGUGCUCCUGGCCGUGGCCACCUGCAUCCUUGUCCUGACCGUGGCCCAGCUCGGGCUGCACACCUGGCAGCUGAGACGGGAGCACGCGGGGCCCCGAGAGACCCAGCUGCUUCUGGAGGCACCGCCGCCGGCAGAGGACUCCUGCAGCUGCCAGUUCCCCGAGGAGGAGCGGGGAGAGCGGCUGGCCGAGGACAAGGGCCGGCAGGGAGACCUGUGGGUAUGAGCCUGGCCGUCCUCGCCGGCGGCCGGAGCCCCAGCCGGACCCUCUCCAGGAGCUCACCUAGGCUGCCGCCGGGAGCAGGAGUUCUGUGUCCUGCUCGGGGCCUGGCCCUGCUCCCCUGACGGCAGACGUGGGUGCAGGACGGUGACAGGGACAAGUCCCCAGACUGUGCGGAAGGGCAGCGGCCCUGGCUGGGCCCUGCAGGAGGGACCAGUGCAGCCGGGGUAGGGUCUGGGGCCCCUCAGCCCCAGGACGGGGCCCUGCCUGUGGGUGUGCAGCACACGACCUGGCUGCAGGUGGCGUCUAAUAAACACUUGUUCAGUGA